AUUGCACCCGAAUCAGGUAAACUUAAUCCCGUCCAAAACUUUUGUUAGAGGCGAAAAGAGUCGAAGGGGGAAAAGAAUAGAUUCUCGCGAGAGUUGGUGUUAAACCCGAUCUCGAGAGGUUGGCCAUCGGAGCGAAAAGUCUCAGCUCUCAAAUCUGAAAAAGAUCGCCGGAAAACCCUGGAGAUCUCCUCCAUUAGAAACCGCUCAGAAUCUGAGCGGAGGAGGGAGAAGAGGGGAGGGUGAAUUGAUGUGGUGCGAUGUCGCUGCGGAUAAAGUCGGUGGUGGAUAGGUUCGUGAAGGAGCUGCAGGAGGCGCUGGACGCCGACAUCCAGGACCGCAUCAUGAAGGAGCGCGAGAUGCAGAGCUACAUCCAGGAGCGCGAGCGCGAGGUCGCCGAGCGCGAGGCCGCUUGGAAGGCCGAGCUCUCCCGUCGCGAGGCUGAGAUCGCGCGACAAGAGGCAAGGCUAAAGAUGGAGAGGGAGAACUUAGAGAAGGAGAAGAGUGUCCUUAUGGGCACCGCAUUGAGCCAGGACAACCAGGAUGGAGCUCUCGAGAUAACCGUCGGUGGUGAGAAGUACCGAUGCCUGCGGUUUUCAAAGGCGAAGAAAUGACGUUCCCAAGUCCGAACAGGUAUUAGUUGGAGAGAGGGAAUCAAAGUUUCUGACUUGUAAUUUUUGAUAAAGAUGCGUAGCGACUGCUCAACUACAAAUCAUCACAUUUUUUAUGUCUAAUACCUUCUCAGUUUGUAACUUAUUUUUAUCUGGAUCGUUUCUGUCAAUCAAACUAAUGAUUAUUUUAAAA